AUGGUCUACGGGAGGAGCAUAGCGGUAGGCGUCUGCCUGAUGACCGUGGUCCUUCUGCUCGCCGCCGGGAUAUUCUACUUGAGUCUGGGACCCUGCCCCACAGGCAGCUUCGCCUGCGACAACGGCACGCUGUGCGUUCCGAGGCGCCAGAUGUGCGACAACCGUCACGAUUGCGCCGACAGCAGCGAUGAGAAUCCGGUGGAGUGCGGACUCCUCUACGGCAGCAAGGAGAUUGCCGAUAAGAUUGUGCGUAAUGCGAUUGAGAAGAAGCAACAGAGCCUAAUCUCCGCCGUUUCGAAUGCGAGCGGCCUGGAUUUAUCACCGCCGGUGGUGCAAAGGAAUCAAAGCCAAACUUUAAGCUUGACUUGUGAUAUCGUCACAUAUCCUAAAACCUGUAAGUGCGGCCAGAGAACAAUUAUAUACUGCGGUCGCUUUGCGAAGUUGCGUCGAUUUCCAAGGAUCAGUUCUGAGGUCACGAAUCUGAUCAUCAUUCGCAACAACCUGACCCUGAGAGACAAUAUCUUUGCCAAUUUGACGCGUCUGCAAAAGCUGACUCUCAAGUACAACAACAUAUCACGUGUCCCGCUGGGCAGCUUCAAUGGCUUAUCUAAUUUGGAGCGCCUGGAGCUGAGCCACAACAACAUCAGCCAUUUGCCCCACGGCAUCUUCCUGGGGCUCCACAGCCUCCAGUGGCUGUUCCUGGUGAACAAUCAGCUGCACCACCUGCCCAUGGAGCAGCUGCGAUUCCUCCAUCGAUUGGAGUGGCUGGUCCUGAGCAGCAAUCACCUCACCCUGCGAAAUGUGCAGCUGCCGAAAAUUCCCUCGCUCUACGAAGUUUAUUUGGAUUUCAAUCGUAUCGAAUAUAUUGGCGAGGAAACUUUUUCCCAAUUGGAUAAUUUACAUUUGCUAGAUCUCCAGCAUAACCUCAUCACCCACAUCCAUGGACGAGCCUUUGCAAAUCUAACCAAUAUGCGAGAUAUCCGCCUUGUCGGUAAUCCCAUUAAGGAGUUAUCUGGCGAAACAUUUCUGCACAACACUCGACUGGAGGCGCUUUCGCUGGCCCAAAUGCCUAUCCACAUCAGUCGCAGCCUAAUGGAGCCCCUGAACAUAUCCUUCCUGAAUCUCACGGGCAUUCGUUAUGAUCACAUUGACUUUGCGGCCAUAAAUGCCAUGCGUAACCUUACGUACAUCAUCUACGAUCGGUUCUUCUACUGCUCGAUGACGCCGCGGGUGAGGAUGUGCAAGCCCUCCACCGAUGGAGUUAGCUCCUUUCAGGAUUUGCUCAGCAAACCCGUCCUCCGAUACUCCGCUUGGGUAAUGGCCACUUUAACAAUAGCCGGAAAUGUUCUGGUUCUCUGGGGACGCUUUAUCUACCGGGAUGAAAAUGUGGCUGUGACGAUGGUGAUCCGAAAUCUGGCCCUGGCUGAUAUGCUGAUGGGGUUCUAUUUGGUCACUAUUGGUGUGCAGGACUACCGCUAUCGAAAUGAGUAUUACAAGGUUGUGCUGGAUUGGAUAAGCUCGUGGCAGUGCACACUGAUUGGCACCCUGGCCGUCAGCUCUUCGGAGGUGUCUAUGCUAAUCCUGGCCUUCAUGUCGCUGGAGCGCUUCCUGCUCAUCGCGGAUCCCUUUCGUGGCCACCGCAGCAUCGGAAGUCGGGUGAUGUGGCUGUCGCUGAUCUGCAUUUGGAUUACGGGAGUGGGUUUAGCGGUGGUUCCAGUACUUCUGUGGCGUACGAGCACCCUGCCCUACUACGGAUCCUAUUCGGGAACCUGUUUCCCUUUGCACAUCCACGAGGCCUUUCCCAUGGGCUGGCUGUACUCGGCUUUUGUCUUCCUGGGCGUCAAUCUGCUGCUGCUGGUCAUGAUUGCCAUGCUCUACACGGCCCUGCUGAUCUCGAUUUGGAGGACGCGAAGUGCCACACCGCUCACUCUCUUGGAUUGCGAGUUCGCCGUGCGGUUCUUCUUCAUCGUGCUCACCGACUUCCUUUGCUGGGUGCCCAUCAUCGUGAUGAAGAUCUGGGUCUUCUUCAACUACAACAUCUCCGAUGAUAUCUACGCCUGGCUCGUGGUCUUUGUGCUGCCAUUGAACUCGGCGGUCAAUCCACUUUUGUACACCUUCACGACGCCCAAGUAUCGAAAUCAAAUCUUCCUGCGUGGCUGGAAGAAAAUUACCUCUAGGAAGCGAGCGGAGGCGGGCAAUGGUAAUGUGGCCACCACUACGACGGGCACAGCGACGGGAUCCUCGCAGCAUCCGGAUGACUCCACGGCACUGGCCAAAGCCAUGCCCUUGGCUCUAACGAUGUCUAACUGA